CGUAUGAAGAAGCAGCAGCAGUGAAUUUUUCGCUCCAAUUUGCCAAAAAUUAGAGAAAACUAUUUUGGAAAAUAGUGUAACAGUUAAAAAACAAUUUGCGAAAACGCAGCGUGGAUAAUAUUCGUGCAGGAUGUGGCCGCAGGCGUUGCAAAUGUCUAGAGAUGAGUGUCGAGGGAUUUUGAGAAGACUUGAGCUGGAAUCUUAUUCUCAUGUGAUUAGUGUAUUUCGCGCUCAGGGUGGCCUCAGUGACAACAAGGCCAAACUUCUUGAGGAGUUGCGUGGCAUAUUUCACAUCUCGCAAGAGCGUCAUCGGGCUGAAGCGCGUCGUGUUGCAAACGAUGAACAAUUGUGUACCAUAGCUGAAGCUAUAUCGGGUCCAAAUACAUGGCAAGAAUGGUCGCGUGAAGGACGACGAUCGUAUCCGAUGUUACCGCGUGUGGCCCCACAAACAGCGCUUGCAUUAAUUGCCAAUAAUGUGGCAACUGAGACAGUUUCUGAAAACGCUAAAUUACCCUAUCCCGCUGAUACGGCAGCAGCAGUCGUUGCCGAACGGGCAAAUACCAUCAAUACAAUUACGGGAAAAGAAGAAUUGGAAUCUUGGGAAAUCAAGCGCGAGGUUUACGUCGUUACAGAUGAUCCUUUCAAAAUGCCUGAUAUUCCUGCUGUCAACAAGAAAAAUCUUAAACGUAACAUAUCCGACAGUCAAACUAGCACCAACAAAAAGCGUAUUAUCAGUGAUACUUCACCCACCAAACAACAGCACCAAAAGCAGUUCCACCACAUAACUGCUAACAGUGCCCAAGCUAUGUCACCCAGCUCCGGUAACAGUAAUAUACGCAAAUUAUAUCACAAUCACAACAGCAAAGCUGCUCAGCAACGUUUAAAUCAAACACCAUUACAAAAACAAAAACUGGCAACGAAAAAAUCACAAAUGGCCACAGGUGUAAACCCUGUAUUACCUGUUACCCCUGGUAAGCGACAGGCGACGCCAGCCAAAAGUGGUCGCAAAGCAAAUUCCAAACUUCAAGAACAGAAACAACAACAAUCAAUUGCUCAACAACAGCAGCAACAACAAAUGCUGGCGCAGGCAACCAUUCGCAACAUACAACAUGUUGUCGGUGAGGGGUUGGAUGAAUUCAACAUCGAUCAGAGUUCCACACAACCUCAGAUUGCCGCUUCUAAGAAGGACAUAACCAAAAAUCUAACCAAAUUGCAAUUGCCUAGCGUAAUUACCACACCACCAUCAACAGGGGCAUCAUCAGUGUCGCCAAAUGUGAUAGCACCGGCAAUACCAUCCAAUACCCCAUUAAUGGUAAAUGCUUUGUCUACACGAAUCGACACCCAUCAAUUGCCAACUGCCUUAUCGCCAACCAUUGGCAGUGCUGGCGGAUCAUCAGUUCCCACAGUUAUACAUGGCAAAGUGGAAAAAUUGAUAUCAACGCCAGUUCAGAAAAUUAUACUUGAGGACCGUCUUCCGCCACAACAACUACCGGGUUCGGUUAUCACAACUUCAACAACAGCAAUGGCAUCAGCUGUCGUGGUAUCGACGGCAUCCACGUUCCAGUUGCAAUCUACAUCCACACCACAGAUAAUGACAUUACCACAAUUAUCAGCGGCUGCCACAAAAUUACGCGCAGUAAAUACCACAAUUUUGCCACCCGGUACUAAAAUCACCACGAAAAAGUUAUCCGGCUCCACAUUGAUCAGUGCGCUUGGCACAGAGAAUACCGGCACUACAAAUAGCAGUGGUUCACAAGUGUUUAGCAUCAUUGAAGGUAACAAUAGCUCAAGUAAUGCACAAUCGACACCUUCUCUGCCAACGCACACGCCACCCGCAAUCAUACAAAUUCAAAAUACAAACAACACUAGUGUGUCUACGGAAGCCACAACACUGCAAUCGUCACAACAGCCGGCUCAAGGCAAAGUAUUAACAACGAAAUUGUUACCAAUCGUCUUGAGUAGCGCCGGCGUUACUGGUGGUGGUGCCGGUGUAGGUGCAUCCACUGCUGUUGGUGGCGGUAACACGGUUAAUAUUACGAAAAUUGAAACUAUCAAUAAUGGUGCUACACUCGUGGGUGGCAGCGGUGGAGGCAGUGCUCUUAGUGGGAAUAAUUUAAAUGCUUCUUUGAGUGGCACAACUGCAGUACUAAAAACCGUGGGCUCCACAUUAUUACUAUCACCAAAUCAGAGUGGCACACCAGCGGGUAGUGCGCUAUUCUCAACACUAACAUCCGGCGCUCCGGUGUUCCGCAAAUCGCAGAUCAUCAAAACGGGCACAAUUGGCGUGAACGCAAGCAGCGCAGGCAAACUUUCCGGCACCUUUAGUACUUCCAAUUCAGGCCCACAAAUUAUCAGCAAUAUUAAAUUGACACCAGCGAAUUCCACUACAAGUGUAACGUCGGUCAGUCAUUCGAAUCAACAGUCACAACAACCAUCAACUUCAGCUUCACCAUUCUUACAGCAUCAGCUAAAGAACAUCUCAACAACUGGUAUACGUACCAGCGUAAAAAUAUGCCAAUCACCAAAUGGCAAAGUGUUCAUACAACCAGCCAACAUAGACAACGCAUCGAAAGCAAAACUACAAGGUGCAUUGUCACACAAAAUCUUGCCCACCGCGGUGGUCAGUAGUAAUGCCACGGGUGCUGGUACAACCGGCACACACCAGCCGCAACGCAUCGCCAUACAGAAAGUGCAAAUAAUCCCAGCACCAUUAAAUUCGCCAGGCAAUCUGACGGGCACCUUUCACACGGCCACUUCACAAACCCAGUCGCAGACGAAGCCCACAAUUACAACAAACACACUAACAUUGGGCGGCAAUAAGGGGAAUAUGAAUAUGGUUUUCGUGCCGUCGGUUGGUGCACGCACCACCUCGGGGACAAUAACACUGUCGAAGCCUGCUAAUGUUAGUAGUGGUAUUGUUGCAUCUGCUAAAGUUCCGAAUACUCAAAACACGGAAGCCGUCAAACCCAAUGUCGUAAUAAUCGGGUCGUCGUCAGCACAAAGCAGCACAAAUACACCAAUUAAGACGACCACUUUCAUCGAUGGCAGCAGCAACAAGUACAACGUGACCUCUAGAGCAGCGAGUGCAGUGCAGUUGGAAGCAAAUCAAAUGAUUACGGAAGAUACGCCAGUUGAUAUACUCAAUAUGCCGAUAAUAGUGGAUAGUGGUGACGGCACGAAUAUCACGAUGGGUAAUAAUAUUGGCGAUACAGUCACAGUAUUGCCAACAGCGCUCGUGGAAAAUACACAACACGAGCAGCAACAGCGUGAGCAGCAAAGCCAACAACAACAACAGCAACCGUCCACAAUAAUUUUGGGUGCCACCGAUUGGGAAAUGGAAUUGGAUCAAGCAACAGCCGUCGCAGCAGCAACUAAAGCCGCAGCACGCACUGAAUAUCGGCGACAGUCAAGCGGGCAGGCUGGUGGCAAACAACAGCAGCAACCGAUGCAAGACAAAGAAACGAUUGAUGGUGAGACCAUAAUUAUCGAUGACAGUUUUGAAGAUGUUAUUGUGGAGGAGCAAGAAGAGGGCGACACAGACGCCGGCACUGAGACUGAGGGCACUGUUGACGGUGAAAUGGACGACAAUGAAAUGAUGGGCGAUACGGGCGGCGAAGAGGGCCAAGAGAUGACAGAACGUGCAUACACAAUUUAUAGUGGCAUCGAAAGUGGUGGUGAGAUAUCACCAGCCAAAACACGUGAUGCGCCGAAACUGAAGGUGGGACGAUUGCAGAAAACGUACAAUAACGCCAGCGCUAACGCCAACGAUGAAGAUGAGCCAAUCGAAGUGAUUGACGACGAUGAGGAGAAUACGACUGUGGCGGUUAGGCAGAAAAAAUCUGCCCAAAAGUCAGAAAGUGAAACUGCGAAAUUGGAGAGAACAGCGAAUGCAGUCAAUAUGAGCAACGCAAGAGCUAAUAGCAUAUCCGCCGCAAUUGAAUGCGAAACUGAUGCUGGAUUUGAUGAGACUAUCGUUGCCGAUAUUGAUGAAAAUACCGCAAUUGAAUAUAUAGAAGAGGACAACAACACGCAUGUAAACAAUGAGAAAGCUGAUGUAAACAAUUUAAACGUCACACCAGCCAAAUCCACACAAAAUCUUCAAAUAGCGGAGAGUGAAAUCAUAGUGCUGGACGACAAUGACAGUGCAACACUAACGGCCACAGCAACGCUGGCUGCUGCGUCGUCGUCGACAGCGGCGUCACACGACGUAUCAAGCGAGGACACAGUCGUGUUGGAGUACAACCCAAACAAAAUGGUUAGCGGCAACACAGCAACGACGAUAAAUGUGGCAACGCUAAAGCCAACAACAGUCACCACCGUAAAUCGCAAUGACUGAACGCACCAGCAAUAAAUAUGGUUGAAGCUUCAUGGCACUGCAUGCAAAUUGUCAAAUUUGCUGGAGGCUGCGUUGGUAAACCAGUUUUUUUUUCCAACAAUUUAUCCAGCUGUUAUACUGAACAAUAGCAAUUGUUAGUGGGUCCGGUACAGGGAGUAGAGUGUAUACUAAUUUGCAAUGGUGUAAAAAAUUUUGGUGAAAUUAAUUGUUUAUAGCAGUGGCAAAUUAGGCAGUUGGUUUUGAAAACAUUUUUAGUGGAACAGCUAAAGUUAGCUGAAACGCAACGUAAAAGAAAAGUGAAAUGAUUAGUUGAGACAAGUGCUGAUUAGCCGUUAAUUAAAAUAUAAUUUUUUGUUUAUUAAAGAACAAAACAUUUAGUAAAAGUUAGUGAAGCAAUUUUUUGUUUAUUAAAGAACAAAACAUUUAGAAAAAGUUAGUGAAGGCUGUAAGUAGUAGAUGUUCAUUAGCAGGUUAUUUUCUAGCAUACUACUGCUGACUCAAGUAGGUUGGAUUAUAGUUUAAACGUAAUUUACAGUUAUUCAACAUUUUCACUUAUUAAUUUUUUUUUGUAAGAAUUUAACGUAUCUUAAGUAAUCACAUGUUUUUUAUGAGCACCCACGACGGAGAGGUAAUGCAAUUGAAUUCAUCAUAUAUAGGGCUAGCGCUAAGUACCAGUGGAAUAAUUAAAAAAUAGAAGUAAAAAUUUACAAAAUUUUCUGCUAAGUUGUAAAUAGUAGUUAGUAACUUACUUAGUUGUAUUUCAAACACAAGCAAAGAAAGGAACAUAUAAAUCGGCGAAAGAAAGUCACAAACUGCAGCCACGGCAAGUAUCUCAAAUUGAGGGUCGCGUUAAGUGCUGUUGUGCAUACUUGUACAUAAAUAUUAAUAUUUAAUGUUAGGCAGUUUGUUUGUUUGGACUGCAAACCUUUUGCAGCUUGUAUAAAAUAAAUACAUUUUUAUGUAAUUAAAACAAAUAUACAUAAAUCAUUUGUUAAUACUAUGUACUAAUAAAAGAAAUAACACGUUAUACUUACCCUAACACAUACACACAUGUAUACACACACGCAUGCACGCAUACAAACAAUUGUUCGUUAUGCCAAGCACACAGCGAGAUUAUAGGUUAGUAGUUGAUAAUUUGUUUUAUAAUUUUUUUUCUAAUGCAUAAAUUACUUUAAAACGCAACGCAAGCAAUUAAACGGACGAUUAUAGUUUUAAAGUAUACGUAACUAAUGUGGAAUAACACAAGCAAAGUAAAAGUAAGGAAAAAUGCACAGGGGUACAGAGCUGGCGGAAUGUUUGAGCAACUGUUGCAUGAUUUUUUUUUUUAAUAAAGGAUAUUAUUUAAAAAGUUUUUUUCAGUUCUUUUACUUACGCUUAGCUUAGCAACGCAAAGUGCAGUAAAUAAAUGAAAAAGAAAGAUAAAAA